GCACAUUGACACCCUUCGUCUGCUCAAUCCCACUUUCUAGUCUAUUUCCAUGCGCUCAUUAGUUCAUUUUCGUCAAUUGUUGUCAAAUGCUUUGAUACAUGCGGCGGGGUUCGGAGGGGUAGCAUGACGCAAAUUGACCCCUGAGAGCAACAUCGGGCCAGAACUUAAGCUUCCCGACUGCUCCACUCACCGAUAAAGCUCCCAGCAUAAUCUUGCCGUUAAUGACUGACUGAUCAUCCAGCGACGGACCCUCAGGCGGGGUGGCACGCUGGCAACGUUGGUCAAGCAGGGCGUCCGGCCGGUGACCGGAGGUCGGAGGAGUUUGCCGGCUAAAGACGGCGUGUUGCCGACAGCUUGAGCCAUCUGCUUUCGCACAGCUGAGAAGUGAAGCAUCAUAGCAAUCCGAGUGUCUCCAACAGCCCGUUAACCGACCAUCAUCACCCUUCGCGAAAACACCGUCAUCAUGCCCGAGCCGCCCUACCCCCUGCACCCCUCGGUCGUCGACCGCAUCAACCCCGAGUACAAGGACUUUUACAACAAGUUCGUCUUUGACAAGCAAGUCGUUCACCACCAGCCCAUCUCCGCGUCUCGUGCGAGCGGCACUCUAAUUCCCGGCGCCGGCCCUAAGCUCGAGGUCGCCAGCUCAGAGGAUUUCACCAUUCCGAGGAAAGAAACGAGUGGACCUGACAUUCUCCUGCGAGCUUUCACGCCCUUGAGAGAGAGACCGGCCAAGGGAUGGCCACUAUGCUUUUGGUUCCACGGCGGCGGUUGGGUCUUGGGCAACAUUGACACGGAGAAUGUCAUCGCCACGCAUCUCUGCAACCGGGCGAAAUGCGUCGUUAUCUGCGUAGACUAUAGACUGGCACCGGAGAAUCCCUUCCCUGCAGCCGUCGACGACUGCUGGGAGUCCGUCCUCUGGGCCAUCUCCACAACUGGCACGGAGAAGCUCAACCUCGACAUCUCGCGUAUUGCAAUCGGAGGCUCAUCAGCAGGCGCAAACCUCACAGCCAUCAUCUGCCAGCGCGCAACGAAGCGCCCAGACUUCCCGACCGUGGCAACACAGCUGCUCUCCGUGCCGGUCGCAGACAACACCGCCACAGUGGACUCGACGAAACCAGAGCACGCAUCGUGGAAGGAAAACGAGUUCACGCCCGCGUUGCCGGCGGAGAAAAUGAUGUGGUACCGUUACCAUUACCUCCCCGAUAAGGAAACUUGGGCGCACCCUGAGGCGAGCCCGCUUCUGUGGGAGGGCGAAUGGUCCAAGUUGCCUCCUGCUGUUGUGGUUGUUGGUGAGCUUGAUGUUUUACGAAGUGAGGGUGAGGCUAUUGGGAAGAAGCUUCAGGAUGCGGGUGUGAAGACGGAUGUGCACAUCAUGAAGGGGCAGCCGCAUCCGUUCAUUGCUAUGGAUGAGGCUUUGGAAGAUGGUAGGAGGGCCAUCACGUACUUUUGCGACAAGCUUAUAGAGCUGUUGUGA